AUGGAAAUACAACACAAGAGAAGAAUGAGGCAACACUGUGCUAUCAAACAUGGAAUACUCAAGGAAUUCCUGGCAGAAUUCCUGGGGACAUUUGUCUUGGUUUUGUUUGGAUGUGGCUCAGUCGCUCAGACCGUCCUCAGUCGAAACACCCUAGGUGAGCCUCUCACCGUCCACAUCGGCUUCUCUGUGGGACUGAUGAUGGCAGCGUACGUGGCCGGUGGAGUGUCAGGGGGGCAUGUGAACCCUGCUGUGUCUCUGGCCAUGGUGGUUCUGGGCAAACUGAAGAUCUGGAAGUUUCCCUUCUAUGUCAUUGCUCAGUUUCUUGGUGCUUUUGUUGGAGCUGCUGCAGUUUUUGGAUUAUACCAUGAUGCUUUCAUGGACUUCACCAGUGGGAUUUUGUCAGUGACGGGAAUCAAUGCAACAGGUCACAUUUUUGCUUCCUACCCUUCGAGACACCUGUCAGUCCUCGGAGGCUUUAUCGAUCAGGUGAUGGGGACAGGUAUGCUGGUUCUGUGUAUCCUGGCUAUUAUUGAUGGCGGAAACAUUGGAGCUCCCAAAGGUGUGGAGCCGCUGGCUAUUGGUCUGGUCAUUAUGGCCAUCGGUGUAUCCAUGGGACUGAACUGUGGCUACCCCCUGAACCCUGCCAGAGACCUGGGACCCCGACUGUUCACAGCUGUAGCCGGAUGGGGGAUGGAGGUCUUCAGCACUGCAGACCACUGGUGGUGGAUCCCUGUGGCGGGGCCCAUGGUGGGGGGGCUGGUUGCAGCCCUCAUAUACUAUCUGCUCAUUGAGCUGCACCACCAGCGCGAUGAGCCCGAAAAGCCCCAGGAGGAGGAGUUGGAGGAAGAGGAAGACGAGGAUGAAGAGGACAUCAGUCUGAAGGACAAAUAUGAGAUGAUCACCAUGAGCUAAAAAACAAAGACAUUAACCUCCAGGACUCACUGGUCAGAUUCAGCAGUUUGUCCUGUCAGUCAAGUGAAGAGUGGACAAGCUUCCUCUCUCAGUGUCUACACCAAUA